GCACACCGCGGAAUCCAUUUAAUACGACACUACGCAACAUCUUCGCGCCGCCUUAAUCCCAAAAAACCGAAUACGAAGCACUUUCAGACAUCGGCGCGCGUACAUUAAAAGCAGCAAUCGACAAAGGCGCACAGCAGAGUGUCAGCGAGACGCUUGGAGUCGCAUUGAGUAGCGUUGAGUUCAACUAACAAUAUACAAUAUAUUCGAUUGUGCUAUACGACGGAUACGCGCGACCAGCCAGUUCAGUCAGUGAUCUUUGUCGGUUCGUGUUAGACGUACGCGCGGUAGCUCGAAAACUCGCGAGCUCGCAGACGUUCAAAAAUUAAAAUAAAUAGAAAUCAAAUAUACACAACGUACUAAAAUAUUUUAGCACCAAUAACAACAACUACAACGAAAUCACUUUUGUAUUUUUACAAAUUUGAUUUUAUAUAUCGCUGCCAUAACCGUGAAAAAGCCAAUUAACAACAACAACAACACCAACAACUAACGAAUUUUGUGUGUGAUUAGUUAAAUAAACGCGUACAAAAACAAAAUGUCGACAAAGAAGAAUGGUAAUGCCGUUACGGAAUUCCAAUUCCCACAACCCAAAGAGAAGCAGACAUGCAUGGAAAUUAUCCACAAUAGCAAGGAUGGCACCUAUUUUGGACGUACACCCAAAAGUUGGGGUCAAUUGAUGCUAUUCUACACCAUUUUCUACAUCGUGCUCGCCGGUUUAUUUGCCAUCUGCAUGCAAGGUCUAUUCGCCUCUCUAAGCGACAAAGAACCGACUUGGAAGUUGGAAAGUUCAUUGAUUGGCACAAAUCCCGGUUUGGGUUUUCGGCCAUUGAGUGAGGAAACUGAACGCGGCUCGGUGAUACAAUUCGAUACCAAGAAGCCAAAAGAGGGUGCCUAUUGGACUGGUUUGGUGGAUCAAUUUCUGGAUAAAUACCGCAGCACCGGUGAGAAGAAAUUCUGCAAUUUCAAUCAGACAAUUGGCGCCAAUAAGGUCUGUGUUGUUGAUGUGGACAACUUUGGCCCAUGCUCGAAAGAAACUGGUUACGGUUAUCAAAAUGGACGUCCUUGCAUUUUCUUGAAAUUAAAUAAAAUUUUCAACUGGGUGCCCGAGUUCUUUGAAGAUGUCAAUGAUCUGCCUAAAGAAAUGCCUGCCGAUCUCCAGGAACAUAUUGGCAAUUUAACCGCGAUUGAGCGCAAACAAAUUUGGGUCUCCUGCAAGGGUCUGCACCCCAUUGAUGAGGAGAGUGUUGGCGAAAUGCAAUACUAUCCCAGCCGCGGCUUCCCCACCUUCUACUACCCCUACCUCAACCAACCUGGCUAUCUUAGUCCAUUGAUUGCUGUUCAAUUCGAAAAAGUGAAACAAAAUCAAUUGGUGAAUAUCGAGUGCCGCGCAUGGGCUAAGAAUAUCAUCUACAGCGGUAGUUUGAAUGCACGAACUGGUUCGGUCACCUUCCAGCUGUUCGUCGAUUAAAUGUUGUGAUGCAUAUAUGCAACAGCAACAGCAACAAUAAGAAGCUACAAAAAAUAGAUUUGUAAAGUAUAAAAGCGACUUGAGAAAUAUUGUGAGGAGAGCGGAGGAGAGAGAGGGAGUGCUUUGAUGAAGAAUAGUUUUGCAAAUUAAGGAAGAAAAAAAGUUUAAAACAAAAAAGAGCAAAAGAUUAAUAGAAAAGUAGAAAUGAAAAUAUUUUUUCAAAACGUCGCAAGUGUUGUUGCAGUGAGCAUAAAGUAAUUAUUGAAUCGUUUAAAAUCGUUAAAUAGCAAAUUUAUUUGUAAACGAAAAUUUGUGAGUAGCAAAAGAAUUGUGAAAUGUUAUGUAUUUUUUUUUUUGUAAUUUUAAGUUAUUCAAGCGAGUUAAAAGUGUAAAAUUAAGCAAAAUUAGAAAAUACAAAAAAUAUUAAAAUAAAAAAAUUGUAAAAAUGUUAAAAAUUAUAACAAAAUUUUGUAUGUGCGCAAAAAAGAAAUCAAUGCAAAAGUAAAAAAUAUUUUUCAGCUUAAAAACAAAAAAGAUAAAAAAUGCGCUCACGCCAACACACACACACACUUAUACAUACAUACAUACUGCAUUGUAUUGUAUUAUUUGUUUUCUAAAAUUACAAAUUUUACAAGCAACAACAAAUUGUAUUAAAACUCGCAUACGCAAAUACAAAAAAUAUUCUUAAAGAAACAUAAAAGUUGAUUACAAUUAUAAAAGUUAAAAUUAGUAAUAAUUAUCUGUAGAUAAUUUUAGCGAUCUUUAUACGCAAUUGCAUGCUUUGUGUAUGCAUUUGCGAAUUCCGUACCAUACGCAUACACACACACACUCAAACACAAACAGAAACCCACACCCACACUUAAACGAAAACAAACACCAACAGCAGUGAGAGGCUGCUAAUAAAUAAAUUAAAUUUUUAACUCUUAUUUUUGGUUUAGUCAAAAAUAAUUAUGUACUUUCUAAGCUGAAUUUAUGAGUAUUUAUGUAUGUAUGUAAAAAAUGUAAAUUAAUUAUUAAUAAAAUAAAAAACAAUUAAAAAAAAACUGAA